UUCCCAGCUGCUGAUGUUCCCCUAUGGGUAUAAAUGUACCAGGAUGAAGUAGCCCAAAAAGCAGCCAAAUCUGUGACAAGCCUGCAUGGCACCAAGUACACAGUGGGACCUAUCUGUUCAGUCAUAUGGACCAAGUUUUUAGGAUUAAUGUCAGAAAUGAAAAUGAGAUCAGCAAACUGAGUCAGCUGGUGAAUUCAGACAACUUCACGCUCAACUUCUGGAAACUUCCCUCCACUUUAGGUGAUCCUGCAGAUGUCCUGGUCCCAGCUGUCAGUCUGCAUCCAGUCAAAUCCUUCCUGAAGUCCCACAGUUUAGAAUAUUCAGUGACAAUUAAAGACCUGCAGGCCCUUUUAGAUGAUGAAGAUGAGGAAAUGCAACACAAUGAAGGGAAAGAACGGAGUGGUGAUAACUUCAACUAUGGAGCCUACCAUUCUCUGGAAGCUAUUUACCAGGAGAUGGACAGCAUUGUUGCAGAUUUUCCUGACUUUGUGAGCAGGCUGGAGAUUGGACAUUCGUUUGAAAACCGGCCAUUGUAUGUACUGAAGUUCAGCACUGGAAAAGGCAAGAAGCGGCCAGCCAUUUGGCUCAACGCUGGCAUGCAUUCCCGCGAGUGGAUCACUCAGGCCACAGGGAUCUGGAUGGCGAGCAAGAUUGUAUCUGAUUACGGGAAGGAUCCAUCCAUCACCUCCAUCUUGGAGAAAAUGGAUAUUUUCUUGUUGCCUGUGGCCAAUCCUGAUGGAUAUGUGUACACUCAAACUGAAAAUCGAUUCUGGAGGAAGACACGGUCCAGAAAUCCUGGAAGCCCCUGCAUUGGUGUUGACCCAAAUAGAAAUUGGAAUGCCAGUUUUGCAGGAGAGGGAGCCAGUAACAACCCGUGCUCAGAAGUAUACCAUGGACCCCAUGCCAAUUCAGAAGUAGAGGUGAAAUCAGUGGUAGAUUUCAUCCAAAAACAUGGGAAUUUCAAAUGUUUCAUUGACCUGCACAGCUAUUCACAGCUGCUGAUGUAUCCAUAUGGGUACACAGUCCACAAGGUCCCAGAUGCUGCUGAGCUGGAUGAGGUGGCAAGGCGUGCGGCCGAAGCUCUGGCUUCACUGCAGGGCACUAAGUACAAAGUGGGUCCUACCUGCACGACUGUCUACCCAGCUAGUGGGAGUAGCAUCGACUGGGCCUAUGAUAACAACAUCAAGUAUGCAUUCACCUUUGAGUUGAGAGAUACUGGGCACUAUGGCUUCCUCCUGCCAGCCAACCAGAUCAUUCCCACUGCAGAGGAGACCUGGCUGGGACUGAAGACCAUCAUGGAGCAUGUACGGGACCAUCUCUACUAGACAAGGAACCCCACUCUUUCUUUAUUUAAUUAUACCCAAAUAUACACGCACACUGAGGCCUUGAUGUAUGGCUUUGUUAAGAACACAGGUCAGCCCUCUCCAUGACCACUCCCUGGAGUUUGUGCAUCCUGGCAGUGCACCUGUGAGGGGGCUUCUGCCAACCCUGCUAUAUCUUGGUCCUGCUGUUUUGCUGAGCCUUUUGUGUUUCUCUCCUUCCACACAGCUGGUUGAGCAGGCCACACUUAGGAUUGUUCCUUACUGCGUGGUACACCUCUACCUCAUUUUUAGAACAAAACAACAUUUGAGAUGGUUCUCUAGCCUCAUCCACAUCUAUCCAAACCAGUGACCUUGGUCUGCUAGGGGCCUCUGGGCCUGUGCUGUGGGAGACAGAGAUGACGCAGAACUUCCUUUAAUCCAUCUCACUCUUUCGUGAACAUAUUUUUCUUUGAGCAACAAAUCCUUUAAGGUCA